GGACGAAGCGCUGCUGCCACCUGUAUUACUCUGUCGUCCGCUGGGCAAGUAUUCUAAAAACAAAAUCAGUUUAAGAAUGGAUCAAGGGAAGAGAAUGAGAUGAAUGAAGUUUGUCAGAAAAGCUUGUAGAAGUAGAAUCCUAAAUAUGCAUUGUGGACAACUACCCCUGACACUUUUGGUACUUAUGUUUAUAAGCACUUCAGAAACCUGUACUCUACGUCCUCAUAUUACUGCUGUUGAAGGGGAACCUUUCUAUUUGAAAUAUUGCUUAUCUUCAUCUGAGCAUGAGAAUGAGCCAACCACCAUAAAAUGGUACAAAAGCAAUGAAUCACAUGGACUUGUUGAGUUAAGCUCAAGCAGUUCACCCAGAAUUACUUUGCAUGAUUAUGUUCUGGAGUUUUGGCCAGUUGAGUUGGAUGACAGUGGAUAUUACUUUUUCCAAAUGGGAAAUGAUACUCAUGAAUGGAGAUUAAAUGUCAUCAGAAGAAAUAAACACAGCUGUUUUGCUGAAAAACAAGUAAUUAGUAUAACUGUGGAAGUUAAACGAGCUUUGCAAAUACCCUGCGGUGAACAUAGUUACUAUAGAAAACUAGUCAACAGAACGUUGUUAUAUAAGAACUGUGAAAAGAUAGAGAAGAAUAAAAACCCAUCCUUUCGGAAGAAUGCAGAGCUCAAUGAUCGGGGAUAUUACACCUGCGUGUUUUUCCUUUAUCAUAAUGGAAAAUUAUUUAAUGUCACCAACACCUUCAAUAUAACAAUAGUUGGAGGUUAUAGUAAUAUAAUCCCAGUUCUUCUUGGACCAAAGCUUAAUCACAUUGGAGUGGAAUUAGGAAAAGAUGUACAGCUCAACUGCUCUGCUUUGCUGAAUGAAAAGGAUCUGAUUUAUUGGAACAUCCAGAAAGAAAAUGGAGAGAAUCCUAAUGUACAUGAAGAGAAAGAAAUAAGAAUUAAGACUUCAGAAGGCAAAUGGCAUGCUUCAAAAACAUUGAGAAUUGAAAAUAUUAAUGAAAUAAAUCUAAAUUUUUUAUAUAAUUGCACUGUGGCCAGCGAGGGGGACAUAGACACUAAAAGCUUCAUCUUGCUAAAAAAAGCAGAACUGGAUGAUAUCCCAGACCAUGUCUUCACUAGAGGAAUAAUCAUAGCUAUUCUGAUCUCAGGGGCAGUCGUGUGCCUAAUGAUUGUGGUUGUCACUUAUAGAGUUGACUUGGCUCUAUUUUGUAGACAUUUCAUGAGAAGAGAUGAAACAUUAACAGAUGGAAAGACAUAUGAUGCUUUUGUGUCUUACCUAAAAGAAUGUCAUCCUGAGAAUGGAGAGGAACACGCCUUCGCUGUGGAGAUUCUGCCCAGGGUGUUGGAGAAACAUUUUGGGUAUAAAUUAUGCAUAUUUGAAAGGGAUGUAGUGCCUGGGAGAGCUGUUGUUGAUGAAAUCCACUCCUUGAUAGAGCAAAGCCGAAGACUAAUCAUUGUCCUAAGUAAAAGUUACAUGUCUAAUGAAGUCAGAUAUGAACUUGAAAGUGGACUCCAUGAGGCACUGGUGGAAAGGAAAAUUAAAAUAAUCCUAAUUGAAUUUACACCCAUCAGUGACCUCACAUUCUUGCCCCAAUCAUUAAAACUUUUGAAAUCUCACAGAGUUCUGAAGUGGAAGGCUGAUAAAUCUCUGUCUUAUAACUCAAGGUUCUGGAAAAAUCUUGUUUAUCUGAUGCCUGCUAAAACAGCCAAGCCAUGGAGAGAUGAAUCUGAAGUCUUGCCAUGCUUUCACAGUCCUGAUCUGCAGAAAAGCUGAAUGUAAUAAAGAACUCCUGAUUCUCUGGAGACUGAGUGGAUGAGCCUGUUUAUAACCAAGGGCAUUAUUCAAAAUAUUUAACCCUAUGAAAAUCCUACUCAUAGUCUGAAGAUGGAAUGUCUUUAGAUUGCCAGGGAUAAUACUGAACAUUGAGCUGUGGUUGUGUGUUCCCUGAAGACCCUGGAAUUUAAAAAAGCAAUAGUCUUCCUGUUUUUCCCUCUUCCCUAACUGGAUGUUGAGGCUGGGAACUAUGCAAAAUAACUUAUGCCUUAAAAAAGGGCACAUCUUUAAGAUACUAACAAUUAAACUAUAGGAUUUUAAAUUUAUGAAGUGGAAUUUUCUGUGAGCCAGCAGGUGAAAUAGUAACUGGAAUGGUGCUGUCACCAUCACUCUAUAGCUAGCUACCUAGCUCUAAACAUUGUGGACAGUCCCUGGGAUGUGGGGGAUCACUGACAGGGCUGCGUGCACAGUAGAGGAGUUAGGUUUGAGCCUGCUAUAAUAGAGCCAGUGCCUCAGGAUGUGUUUAGUGUAUGUCUUCCAUGACGACAGGCAGGUUCUUGAAACUCCACUGAGGCACUGCACAGGGCAUGCUUACUUAAGUCUAUUUGUGGGAACUUCUUAAAAGUGACCCAAAACAACUUUUUAUUUUUCCUGAGAAAUACAAAUUUUAAUUCAAAUGAUUCUCCAGGUCUUUCAAAAGUGGUCAAAAAUAUUUGUUGACUUUACGUAAAUGUUUAUAAACAAUAUGGUUGCCAGAUCAUAUUAGCCACCAACCAACAAAAAAUUAUAGUUAUUUGCUUGAGUUUUAAAAAGUCAUACCUUUAAAAUGCCUGUAGGGUGGAUGCAACAUAGCAUGAUGAUUUUGUGUGUGAGCUGUACAGCCAAAAUGCUUGAGUUCAAAUCCUGGGUUUACUUUUUUCUUCUGUGACCUAUGGAACAUUUUCUAAUGGAUCUGUACCUCAGUUUCCUCAUCUGUAAAUUAGAGUUUAUAAUAAUUAUACCUACUUCAAAGGAGGAUUAAAUGAAUAAAGCACCUAUGACAGUU